GCCAAGCAACUUCUCGUUGCUCGCUGUGACCCGCUGCGCCACAACAAGGACUUCGAUUGCCCCAUCUUCCGCGCAGCACGUGCGCGACACAUGGACGUGCUGAAUGUCUUCUUGCAGCCCGACUGGAGCCCCCCAGUGGAGGGUGUUGCCUUCGAGGAGAACUCCCCAGAAGCGAGGCAACAACUCGGGGAGGAUUUGGUUAAGCAGAUGCACCAGUGGUCUGGUACUCAAGUCAAGCAGAUGAUUGCCAAACGUGCUGACCUGAACUACAAGGCGCUGAAUGGUUGGACUGCUUUGACGAUGGCGGUUUUCUAUGAUCGGAAGGAGUGUGUCGAGGCCCUCAUUCGCAUUCAGGAUCCUCUGAGAGGCCUGAAGCUGCAGAUGCAGGGCAGGAAUGCGCGGGGGCGAGCGGCGCUUCAUGUGGCAGCCCGGAAGGACCUCCCAGAAAUAGCCAAGCUCUUGAUCAGCAACGGCGCCGAUCCUGACGUCAAGGACGUUGAUGGAUGGACUCCCCUGCACCACGCCUGUUUCAAUGGAAAUUCAGGCAUGGUGAAG